AUGACGACCAUGGAGCUAUUCGAUUGGGAAGACUUAACACAUUAUCGAAUGCUUUGCGUCUUGGCGGAGAAUGUCUACACUAUCUUUCUCGAUGCCCAUAAGUACAAGAAUCUCAACAUCGAUCCAGUGUGGAAGGACCAUAAAUGGACCGGCCUUUGCACACAUGCAUCGUUUUCAGAGUCAAUACGAGAGGCUAUGAGUAAGGAGUAUAUCAAGGCAAAAAAUUCCGAGCGCUGUCGCGAGUGGCGUGAUGGAAGGGAGAAAUUGCUCGCCGAAAAGCGAGAAUGGGGCCAAAAAAACUCCGAACGUCUUCGCGCCCUGGCCUCAGCGCGUUACUAUGCCAAUAGAGACGCUAUCAAUGAAGAGCGUCGCCAGCAGUGGGCUGCCAUGACUGUUGAAGGCAUGUACAUCGUACCAAUUUCGGCGCUCAAAGCUAACAUCAACGCAGAGAGAGAGGAGCUCUAUGUCAAGCGGCACGACAAAUAUGAGCAGCAAAAGUUAGAUCGAUCUCCCGAAGAGGCAGCAGCUCAUCUCGCUCAUGCCAUAGAGCUGCAGACUGCGAGAAGAGCAAACUGGACUCCUGAACAGCGGGAGAGUCACAACACUGCUGCACGCAUCCGCCAGCAAGUCAAGGUUGAGAACAUGGACCCUGCAGAGAAGCAGGCUUUCAAAGCCCACAAAAGGGAAGUGGAGAGGGCGAGACUGAAGCGUCACCGCGAGCAGCUGUCUCCCGAAGAACUAGAGGCGGAGAGAAAGGUCAGGAGAAUGAAGCGCCGCAAAGGCGCAAACGCCUAG